GCCCAAUUACUUGCCUUGGUCCUUUCAGCCAAAGGCCUCUCUUAAAAACGUCACCGGGGUCCUUUCACGUAGGCAAAAUUGUUACUGAUGGCAUAGGAAGUGUUUAGUAAUUCUCUGUUUUACUAUGGAGGCUGAACUGAUUUGCAAAUAUAAUGAACUGCUUUGUACAGCAUGUUAGAUGUAUAAACAAAUGACAAGAAGCUGUGCACAUAAGUUUAAAAUGCCUGUAAUAUUUGAAUGAGUCUGGCAUUCUCUAAAAGUGUGUAUCUUUCGUUGUUUGAUACAUUACUUUCUAUCAACCGUGUAUAUUUGUGCACCCGCCCGCAACUGUGUUCUGACAAAGUCAUAUAUAAAGUAAAUGCAGUACAUUCCCGUAUUAUAACACAUUUCCAUUCUAUUUACUUGUCAGCGUAUUGUCACGGUGAAGUGGCAGAGAUAAGACAACGGUCAGCGUUUGUGUCUUUCUGGGUACCUUUAGAGGGACGCUCAUUACUUUUAAUAGGAUUGAUUAGGCGAUAUGUGUAAAUGCGAUGCUGACUUUAAUGAGGAACUGUAGACAUUUGUGCAAGAAAGCACCGUUUCAUUUUUCCUAUUUCCCAUCCGUAUCUCCUGGUAGUACGAACAGUACAUGUACUUUCCAAGUCCAGAGUUUGAAUUACAGCACCUGCCAUACCAUACAGGGAUGUGACACCUGGAAAAGGACAAGGCCUCCUUGGAGAGUAAUGUUUUUUGGAACAGAUGAUUUUGCCGUGGAAUCCUUAAAAGCCCUUAACGAGUUCAGCAAGACAACAGGAGCACUUGUAGAAAAACUUGAGGUUGUUACAUUACCAGCUGCUAUGCCCAAGGAACUGCCAGUCAGAAAAUAUGCCAAACAGCAUAAAAUUGUUGUUCAUGAAUGGCCAAGUGUUGGAACCUGUGACCAGUUUGAUGUUGGAGUGGUUGUGUCAUUUGGGCGCCUUCUUCCUGAAGAUCUGAUUCUCCAGUUUCCAUAUGGAAUAUUAAAUGUCCAUCCAAGCCUUCUUCCAAGGUGGCGUGGGCCUGCUCCAGUGUUUCAUACAAUCCUGCAUGGGGACAAGGUGACAGGAGUGACUGUCAUGAAAGUGCGACCUAAAAGGUUUGAUGUGGGCCCAAUUCUAAUGCAAGAGAAGUUAUCAGUUCCUCCAGAGUGUACAGCGGAGAUCCUGGGAGCAAUGUUGGCUGAACUUGGAGCUAAACUGCUGCUUUUGACAUUGGAAGCUCUGCCGUCUUGCAUAGCCAAUGCAAGAGAACAGCCAAAAGAGGGUGCAACAUUUGCUCCAAAACUCACUAGUGCCUUGAGGUGGAUAAGAUGGACAGAGCAGAACUGUAAACAGAUUAUUCAGCUUCACCGUGCUUUGGGCAAAAGGAUGCCGUUGCAAACACUGUGGAUGGGACAUACCCUGAGGCUAUUAGAUAUAGUAGAGGCACAUACCAUCCUCGGGACAGCAGAAAACCUGAUGCAGUAUAAAACCAAUGCAGGAUCUAUACAUUAUCAUAAAGACUCCAAUACAUUGCUUGUCCAUUGUCAGGAUGGUUUGGUGGGAGUUAAGGCACUGAUAAUGAAGAAAAAACUUUCAGCUGCUGAUUUCUACAAUGGAUACCUCCACCAAUAUGUUUCAUUUAAAUCAUCAGACAAUGCUGCAUGGCAGUUUCAAACACCUAAACUUGAAGUCAAAGAAAAGACAUCAGUACAAAAGAAGGAGAUUGGUGUAUAGCUUUUAUAACUGUAAUGUACUCAUAAAAGACUGCACUAAAAUGUAUGUGCAACUCUCUUGUAACUAAAUGUUUGCUUUAUAUAAAUUAUAUUAAAAUUAUUUUUGAUAA